AAAACUCAAUACCAAUUGGUCAAAAAAAAGACAAAUGCAGUUAUCUAAAAUCAUUUAAGUAGUAACUUUAAGUUGAAACAUUGUGAUUCUAAUGUUUGAAGAAGAAGCCAAAUGGAUUGACAAAUCAAUUGAGAGGACAAGGAAGUAUAUGCCUUUUGAGGUCACAUUCUUCAAUCAAGGAGGCCCCUAUUUUCCUAUGUUCCCAUGGAAUCGAAGGGCUCAAAUCACCAUCAAAAAUUGUUGCCCACCUUCUUGAAUCCUCCCCCAAAUCCAACCAUGGCAGAGAACAACAUCAACAACAAGAACCCAGCAGAGAUCAAGGAUUUUCAAAUUAUGAUCGCAAAUAAAGAUGAUAACAAGAAACAAUUAGCACCUAAGAGAAGCUCCAACAAAGAUAGGCACAAGAAAGUGGAUGGUAGAGGAAGAAGGAUAAGGAUGCCAGCUCUAUGUGCUGCAAGGAUUUUUCAGCUCACAAGAGAAUUGGGUCACAAAUCUGAUGGUGAAACAAUUCAGUGGUUGUUACAGCAAGCUGAACCAUCUAUUAUUGCUGCAACUGGUAGUGGAACAAUUCCUGCUUCAGCUCUUGCAGCUGCAGGGGCCUCUGUUUCUCAACAGGGGACCUCUGUUUCUACGGGAUUGCAUACAAAGAUAGAAGGGCUGGGACCGAGUAUUGGGUCCAGAGAGAGGGCCAAUUGGACAAUGAUGACUAGUAAUUUGGGAAGACCUAAUAUAGCAGGUGGGAUGUGGCCCUCUGCUGGUGGAAUUGGAGCAGGAUUUCUUUCAAACACCAGCCAGGCAGCUACCAAUUUUGGAAAUGAAAACCCCAACAAUUUGCCAAAAUUUGGAUUCCAUGGGGUUGAAUUCCCAAAUAUUAAUAUGGGUUUCAUGAGUCUUUACUCCAUGUUUAGUGGUGCUAAUCAGCAAAUUCCAGGUUUAGAGCUUGGGCUUUCUCAGGAUGGGCAUACUGGGUUGUUGAAUCCUCAAGCUUUGAGCCAAUUCUACCAGCAGAUGGGACAGAAUCGCAGCAGCCUAAAUUCCUUCAACCAGCAACAGCAGCAGGAGCAAAAUCCUGAUGAGGAUGACUCUCAAGGCUCAAGACGUUAGAAAAUUGAGAUAGAGGAGUUUCUGAUGGAAAACUUUAUUAGGAAUGAGUAGCAUUGUAGAAAGACUCAAUUAUAUCUCACAUGAUUUCUCUUGGCUUUAAUGACAAGAAAUCAGAUGAGUGAAAUGAAUUGGGGGUCUGAAUAGUUUUCUGAUACUGAGAUUGGCAGCCAGCUGCAGAUCAGCAGUUUCAUCAAAGUCUGCAAAAAAACAGGAUGAAAUUGUGAAGAAAACAUGGUUUGAAGAUUGCAUUUGAGUUUGUUUCAGGUUAUUAUUAUUAUUUUUGCAGGAUGUGUUAUAUAUUACAAAAAUAUUUGCAAUGUUAGGUAUGUGUUCUCUAUUUUUUCUUGCUUUAUCUGGAUCAAGAAAUGAUCUUUUUCUUUAAUAUCUAAUAAAUGUUGAAAAAGUUUCCACUUUC